AUGACCACGGCUCUGGAACUUGUGCAGCAAGGUCACCAGGUUGAGAUUGUUGCUCGCCACUUGCCAGGAGAUAUCGACAUUGAGUACACGAGUCCGUUCGCCGGUGCCAACUGGUCUAGUUUCGCAGGCCCCAACGAUCUUGAAAUGCAAGAAUGGGACAAGAUUGGUUACCGCAAACUCUUAGAGCUGGCAGACAAUGUUCCUGCUGCCAGUGUGGUCAGAAGAACAUACCAAAUGCUAAAUGUCAAAUCUGAGCCUUGGUUCAAGGAUUUUGUCGAAGACUACAAGAUCCUGACUGAUCUGCCAAAGGGUAUCGAGUUUGGCUACGAGUACACUUCUGUGGUGAUUAGCGUUCCAAUCUAUCUGCAUUUCUUGCUGCAAAAGCUGAUUAGUUCAGGAGUCGUUAUACAUCGGGCAAACUUGAAGCACAUCAAGGAUGCUGCCACACAUUUCACCGGGGGCCAGGUGGACGUCACAGUCAACUGUUCUGGGCUUCUGGCCUCCAAGCUGGGUGGAGUGGAGGACAAGAACGUGUUCCCUAUCAAGGGACAGGUGAUCUUGUCCAGAAACAGCUGUCCAACCAUGAUCUCUGUUGCCGUGCCUGGUGCCGCAAAAGGCGAGAGUUUGUACAUCUUCCCGCGCAAGGAGGGAGGAACGCUGAUUGGCGGGUCUUUCUGGCCGAACGACUGGUCUCCAAAGGUGGACAAGAAGCUGUUCAAGCGGACUGUGGCCAGAGCCAAGAAGUACUGUCCGGAACUGUUUGCAAACGGCGAGCUGGAUGUGGUGAGCGUGGGAUGUGGUCUGAGACCAGGAAGAAAGGGAGGCGCUCGGAUCGAGAAAGAAACGAUUCCAGGAGUUGGCAAGGUGGUGCACAACUAUGGAGCAGCAGGGGCUGGCUACCAAAACUCCCAUGGAAUGGCCCGUAAAGCCGCUGCGCUGGUUGCAAGCUCGCUUCGCGAGUCUAAAUUAUGA